AUGGUCGGCUUUGAUGCCUUUGACCAAGCCCUCCUCGCAUGUCUACUAUUAGCGGCGCUCAGCUACUUCGUAUGGGCUAAUUUUCUGAGACGCACAACAACACCCAAGGCAAAAAAUCGACUCUCGGCCCCACGCGACUCGUGCUUCAUUACGAAGAUGAAGGCUGAAGGGCGCAGGAUUCUGAUUCUCUAUGGGUCGCAAACCGGGACGGCUGAAGAGCUUUCGGGCCGCCUUUCCAAGGAUUUUCACCGCUAUCAACAAAAAGCAACGGUGCUCGACCCGGAAGAGAUUGACGUUGACGACCUUUCUCGCCUACCUGAGGUCGAAGACGUGCUGCUGGUGCUGUUCAUGGCGACAUAUGGAGAAGGGGAUCCGACGGACAAUGCGCAGGCCCUCUUUGAAUUUCUCAAGAACACGACGGCCAACCUGGAGGGCGUCCGAUACGCCGUCUUCGGGCUUGGAAAUAAAACUUAUGAACACUACAAUGCCGUGGGCAAGAUCAUCGACGCACGUCUAGAAGAACUGGGCGCCGAGCGUGUACACUAUAUCGGCCUCGGCGACGAUGAUUCAAAUCUUGAAGAAGACUUCAUGCGAUGGCGCGAGGGAUUUCUGCCUCAUGUCGCUCAACGCUAUGGAUGGGAAAUCGACCCUACUGCUGAAGCGCAACGACAAUAUCGACUCGAACUACUUCCUUCCGAUGGGCAAGCCGUCCUUUUUAAGGGCGAAUACGGCUGCGUGGGUGCAUUCGAGCGACAGCGCCCUCCAUUUGACCUCAAGAACCCAUUCUUGGCGGAGGUUCGGGAAAACCGUGAACUCCACACCGCGAAAAGCGAGCGCUCGUGCAGGCACAUCGAACUGCUGUUAGACGGGUCCCGAAUCCGUUAUGAAGCCGGUGAUCAUGUUGCGAUUUUCCCCACGAAUGACCCGGAACACGUUCAGCUGGUCCUUGAUCGCUUGGAGAUUGACCCAGAGCAGGCCUUUCGUUUGAUCCAGACUGACGAAGAUUGCAGUAAGCGCAGUCCCUUCCCCUGCCCCACGACAGUUCGAGUUGCUUUCACCCACUACGUCGAUAUUUGCUCGCCAUUGAAAUCCCAUGUGCUGAAGGCGCUAUCGGAAGCGUGCAUCGAUGCCGUUGAGAAAGAACGUCUAAAGCUGCUUGGAACACCAACGGAAGAGGGAAUGAAAGCAUAUGCCCAUUACAUCCAACGCGGACGCCGUUCCUUGGUCGAUGUCAUUCGGGCCUUCCCCAGCUGCCGGCCGGAUUUCGACUACUUGUUCGAGUUGCUGCCCCGUCUUCAGGCCCGCUACUACUCGAUUGCUUCAUCACCAAAAUGUAUGGAGACGCAAAUUCAUGUCACUGCCGUCAUUACCGAAUACGAGCUUUCCGAUGAGCAUGACACGCGGAAUAUUAAAGGCGUCUGCACAAAUUGGCUGAAUACUCGCCGCUCCGGCGACAAGGUACCCAUCUUUGUGCGAAGGUCCCAAAUGCGACUACCCUACAAGUCGGCAACUCCCGUCAUCCUGAUCGGCCCGGGAACUGGAUUCGCACCGUUCAGAGGGUUUAUCCAAGAGCGUCAAUUCCAGAAGGCUCAAGGCAAAGAAGUCGGAAAGCUCAUGCUGUUUUUUGGCUGCCGAGACCCGGAAAAGGAUUUCAUCUACCAGGACGAGAUACUGGAAUAUACGGCCAACAAUGUCGUGACGGAUCUGCACGUGGCAUUCUCUCGCAUCCCGAACCAACCCAAGGUUUACGUGCAACAUCUGAUGUGGGAACAACGAGAGGCCAUUUGGGCCAUUUUGUCGAAGGAUGCCAACGUCUACGUUUGCGGUGACGCGAGGAAUAUGGCGAAAGACGUUCAGGCCUGCUUGAUUCGCAUCAUCAAGGAGGUUGGCGGUUUGCGUGAAGAAGACGCCACGAAAUUCUUCAAGGACCUGGAGCGACAGCGCCGUUACCAAGCCGAUGUUUGGAGC